AUGUUCUCAAAGGACCAUGACUUGGAAUUGAAACCUGGUACAUCAUUGGUGGACUCUAUGCAAAGGGAAGGAGCACAAAGUCCUAAAAUGGAGAGAAGGAAGAAAGUGGAAGAUGACUAUAAGGAUGUCAACAGAGCCUGCCUAGAGGAACUUGAAGCAGUGCUGAAGGAGAUCGAGAAAGAGAAGGAACGGGACCUGAAACGACAGAAGACGUUGCUGGUCAAUCGGGAUGCUGUGCCGUCUGGUGAAUUCUUCCAGGACAUUGCUGACAGUCUCAGGGCAUUCUCUAGUAUGAUGAUCGAUGUCAAGAUGAUGAGAAUGGAAAUGAAAACAAUGAAGGGAAUGCUGGAAGAACUGAUAGGAAAGAAGGAUGGGGUGGAGAAUAGAAGAGAGAAAGGAAGAGAUGGUGAAAUAGAUGAAGGGGAGAUGGGAGCUGACAGGGUCACGUUGGAUGAGCCACAGACAAGUGUGUUUCGCGGCAGUUAUCUAGAGGAUGCAGAUGAGAGUGGGGAUAGGAUAGAAAGCUUGGAUGCAGAAGUAGGUGAGAGUAGAAGAUUAGGGAAAGCAAGUGACGGUAUUGAAAUAGGAGGGGAGGUGGAAACAGAUAGGGUACCGGAUGACCAAAUAAUAAGAGUGUUACUUGGGAAUAAUUUGGGGAAUGUAAAUAUGGAGGAUGACGAAAGGAGCGAAAGCGUUGAUUCAGAGAUAAAGGACAUUGAUUUAGAGGAUGCUGAUACAGAAGAUAACAGCGGGCUAGAAAGCAUCGAUUCACAGAUGAAGGACAUUGAUUCAGGGGAUAUGGUUCCAGAGGAUUAUGAUGAGAGAGAAAGCAUUGAUGCAGAGUGGAAUAUGAAUAAUACAUGUGAUACAGGGGGUAAUAUAGUGAGAGAAAGGGUGGAUUUAGAAAUGAAGGGCUUUGAAUUACUGGAUACGGAUACAGAUGAUGAUAAUGAUAGAGAAAGCAUUGAUGCAGAGAGGAAGAGCAUUGAUUUAGGGGAUACAGAUAUAGAGGAUAGCAAUGGAGGAGAAAGCAUGGAUUCACAUACGAAGGACCUUGAGAGAGAAAUCAUCGAUGCCGAGAGGAACGGCAGUGAUUCAGAGGAUACCUUUACAGGGGAUGACCUUGGGAGAAUAAGCUUUGAUUCACAGAUGAAGGACGGUGAUAUAGAGGAUACAGAUAUAAAGGAUAACAGUCGGAGAGAAAGUAUCACUUUCACAUCUUGCACAGAGAGAGGGAGCGUCAGUGUAGAAGAAACUGAAACUGUGCUUGAGAAAGGGAAGGAAAGACCGGAUAUCACAGUUGAUACAGUGACAAAGGGCAGUGAUAUACGGGAUACAAAUACAGAUAAUGACGAUGGGAUAGAAAACGCGCAUUUCACAGAUACUGAGAAAAAAGACUGCCAUAUAGGGGAUACCGAUACAGGGGACAAGAAUAGGAGUGAAAGCAUGGACACAGACAAGAAGGGCAUUGAUAAGGGAGAUAGUGAUACAGAGGAUAAUAAUUUGAUAGAAGGAAUAGAUUCAGAGACAAAGAGUUCUGAUUUAGAGGAUACCGAUACAAAUAUUGGUAAUCAGAGAGAAUGCUUAGAUUCAGAGAGGAAUGGCAGUGGUUUAGAGGAUGGAUAUACAGAAGAUAUGAACGGGAAAGAAAGCAUGGAUUGCACAGUUGAUACAGAUAUGAAGGGCGAUGAUUUAGGGGAUGCGUAUACAGAAGACAAGAAUGAGAGUGAGAGCAUGGUCUGCCCAGGAGACACAGCUCCGAAGGAUGUUGAUUUUGGGGAUACAUAUACAGAAGAUAAUAAUGAGGGAGAAAGCAUGGUAUCAGAGAUGAAGGGCAUUGAUAUUGAGGAUAGAUUUACAAAGGAGAAUCAGAGAGAUAGCAUGGAUUCCACAGGUGACACAGCGAUGAAGGGCAGUGAUUUAGGGGAUACCACUACAUUGGAUAAUAGUGUGGAAGGAAGCAUAGAUUCAGAGAGGAAGGGCAAUGAUAUAGGGGAUCCAGAGGAUAAUAAUGAGAAAGGUGUGGAGACACAAGGGAAAGGCAUUGAUUUGGGGGAUGCACAUAUGAAAGAUACUAACGAGACAGAAAGCACGGACUGCUCAGCUGAUGCAGUGAGGAAAGAUGAUGAUUUAGAGAAUAAAUAUGCAGAGGACAAGAAUGUGAGGGACAACAGAGAUCAAGAGACAAAGGACAUUGAUUUCAGGGAUACAGGUACACAGGAUGAAAAUGGGAGAGAAUGCACAGAUUCAGAGAGGAAGGGCAGUGAUUUAGAGGAUACAUGUAGGUAUACAAAUGAUCAGGAGGAGAGUAAAGGCAUGGACUGCACAAUUGUCACACCUUUUAGGAAGAGUAUUGAUUUAUGUGAAGGGGAUGCGGAUACAGAGUAUAAAAACCAGACAGAAAAAAUGGUUUGCGCAGAUGAUACUGAUAAGAAGAGUUUAGAUUUCAGGGAUGCAGAUACAGAAGACAAGAACGAGAGAGAACCCUAUGGUACAGAGACGAAUUGUGUUGAUUUGACGGAAACAGAUACAGAAGAUAAAAGCCAUAAAGAGAGCAUGGAUUGCGCAGAUGAUACUGAUAGGAAGAGUUUAGAUUUCAGGGAUGCAGAUACAGUAGACAAGAACGAGAGAGAACCCUAUGGUACAGAGACGGAUUGUGUUGAUUUGACGGAAACAGAUACAGAAGAUAAAAGCCAUAAAGAAAGCAUGGAUUGCGCAGAUGAUACUGAUAGGAAGAGUUUAGAUUUCAGGGAUGCAGAUACAGUAGACAAGAACGAGAGAGAACCCUAUGGUACAGAGACGGAUUGUGUUGAUUUGAAGGAAACAGAUACAGAAGAUAAAAGCCAUAAAGAAAGCAUGGAUUGCGCAGAUGAUACUGAUAGGAAGAGUUUAGAUUUCAGGGAUGUAGAUACAGAAGACAAGAACGUGAGAGAACCCUAUGGUACAGAGACGGAUUGUGUUGAUUUGACUGAUACAGAUACAGAAGAUAAAAGCCAUAAAGAAAGCAUGGAUUGCGCAGAUGAUACUGAUAAGAAGAGUUUAGAUUUCAGGGAUGUAGAUACAAAAGACAAGAACGUGAGAGAACCCUAUGGUACAGAGACGGAUUGUGUUGAUUUGACGGGAACAGAUACAGAAGAUAAAAGCCAUAAAGAUGAUACAGGGAGGAAGAGAAUUGCCAAGAGGUCUGUGCAAGAAGAUGAGAGCAGAAAACUGGAUAAGAUGAAGAAGUUUGGAAGGAGCAAACGUGGUAGGCCUAGAGGUAUCGGUUUAAAGCGCGGAAGAAGAGCUGAAGAGCAGAUUCCAAAACGAGUAUUGAGAGCAAGGAGUACUCAGAUAAUGGAAAGGUUGGCGAAGCAUGCAGUACAAAAGACAAGUGAUAAUGGAUCAAAAGAAAGAAUGGAUAUCACAGGGGGUUCGGUUACGAAAAGUAUUGAUUUAAUAGGGGAUGCACCUACAGAGGAAAAGAAGAGAGAAGUUGUGGGAUGCAGUGAUGAAAAAGAUAAGAAGGGUAUUGAUUUAGGUGAUACAGAUACAAAAGAUAGGAACCAGAAAGAAAGCAUGGAUUGCACAGAUGAAACAGAGAGAAAGAGUAAAAGCACAGAGGAGGUGAAGAAGGUUGGGAGGAGAAAACGAGGUAGAGGUAUGGGCUCAAAGCGUGGAAUAAGAGCUGAAGAGCCGAUUCCAAAAAGAGAGUUGAGAACUAGGGAUAUUAAGAAAAAGGAGAGGUUCGGGAAGCAGCCAAUACAGAAGACUUGGAAGCCUUUGUCAAAAGAGAGGGUCACUGAGUUGCAUGGAAGGUCACGGGCAAGCUCGGCCUUUGCUCUUCAUUUAUUAAAAGAGCUUGUAAGUGAUGAUAAGUUGAUAAAGAAAAUCCGCCAUGGUAGACAUGGGAAAAGUACCAGUACAUGUAUAUCCCCUGUCGAAUUGAUAAAUAAAAAGAUGCUGAAGUAUGUCUUAGAAACAACAUGUGACCAGUAUGACGUUACGGAAUGCAACAGGAACGCUUGUGCUCUUGAAUGUCUUGAACGAAUUGAUUCCUAUUGUAUGAGCCUAGUUAAAAAACAGAUGCGAAAGAAGAGAACGGGUAGAAGAAAGAAAGAAUCAGAAACAAGAGAUGGACCUACAGAGGAGGAUAAUACAUUUAAGACAGAAGAGCCUGAAGCAGACACAAUGAAUGAAGGAACAAAUGCUUCUAAUAGAAAGAUGCAAAAGAAAAGAAGAGGUAGAAGAAAAAAAGUAUCAGAAUCAAAGAAAAAUGGACCUACAGAGGAGGAAUAUACAUGUAAGACAGAAGAGCCUGAAGCAGACCCAAUGGAUGAAGGAACAAAUGCUUCUAAGAGAAAGAUACAAAAGAAGAGAAGAGGUAGAAGGAAAAAAGUAUUAGAAUCAAAGAAAAAUGGACAUACGGAGGAGGAUAAGAAGGCAGAAGAACCAGCUAUAGACCCAAUGGAUAAAGAUGCUAGCAGUCAUGAAGAAGUACCUCCUCCUUCGACACCUACAAGGCAGAAAGAAGCAGAUAUUGUGGAUACAGCAAAGCCAACAGAUAGGCCUAAAUGGCUGAGAAAUCCAGAAGACCGAAAAGAAUUCAGUAUCAAUUCUGGACGUACUAUCAGCAUUAUUGGAGGGGAUGAUAGAGCUGGAAGAAUGGACGAAAGCGGAGGAAGUUGCGAAGACAAUGUAAGGGAUCAUGGUAGGUUAUUGCCUGGGAAAAGGUUGUCGGAUGAGGAGAUUAGCUCCAUUGUCAGAACAGCGGGAACGAGCGAUUCUUUUGCCAAAAGCAUCCUGUCAAAACUUGUGAGCGAUGAUGUCCUGUUAAAUAGCAGCUGCUCAGGAGAGAGAUCUUGGGAGGACUUUAUGUGCUGUAGACCAAACCUCCAACGGAUUGAUCCAGACAUUCUUGAUUAUGUACUAGAGAUCACAUGUGAUGUAUUUGGCUCCAAUAAAGGAUUCAGUAAGCAUAAGUGCACCAACGAUUGUAUCGCUUACAUCAACGCUUAUUGCAGAGACCUCUUUAGAAAAUCAUCAAAGGGACAUUCUGCGAAAUGUGUGAUUGGAGACAGUGUGAUUAAGAGGAAGGAUAUGCAUGAAAUUUCUCCUGAUGCAAGUACACCAAAGAGAAGAUGUGAUGAAGAUGCAAUUUCUUUGUACAAUCCUGCUGAAGCCAGUUACAGAAUGGAAGAUGAUCCAAUAAGUGAUAUACUCAAUCCAAAGAAAGUUGAUAAAGUAGUCAGUUUAGGAAGAGUGAAGACCUCAGAAACAAAUAAAUCGGAGGAUGGGUCUGGAGAGAAUAAUCCCAAGGAAUGCAAAGCACGAACGGAUCCUGCAGCAGAUGGCAAUGAGGACCCAAGUGGUUUAGACUGUGACAGUGAUUCCGAAAGCUUAAAGGUUGCGCAAGGUGAAAAUGGAGGUACCUUUGAUGAACCUCUGGGUAAAGGAGAUGAUAAGGUAAACAACUGGGGUGAUUUAUCAGAGAGUAUUGAGAUAGGUGGCAUGGUGGUCAAGUCAAAGGAAGAUUUUGCAGUACAGCUCUUGACAAAACUCCUGGUUAAGGAUGUACUUGUGAAUAGCAAUUGCUAUGGAGAACCCAUGUUUGGAAGAUCCCAAAUCAAACCCAUCGAUCAGCGUAUUCUCGACUUCAUCUUUCUUAAAACAUAUACAGUCUUUCGGAUAGAAGAUCCUCUGAAGGAAGCAUGCCUUCGUGAAUGUUGUUUACAUAUCGACUCCUACUGCCACGAGCUGUUCAUGAAGCAUGAAUCGCGAAAGACUGGUACUGGUACAGACCUGGAAGAUUCUUUGGAACAGAGGGAUGAUGCCCAGUUCGAUGAAGUUCAAUCAGAGAAGCAUUUAGAUUUGAGUCAUGCUCUCUUGAACAACAACAAAGGUGUGUCAGCGGAGGAUAGGGAAUCUCAAAGUAGGAAGAACAGUGGUCAAGAUAUCUCAAAGAGCAGUUCAAGGACAGAUCCGGGGGAAGGGUUGAAGGGAAGUAGAGAAUCGGUUACGCAAAAAAUCACAGGAGACAAGAGAGUUAUGGAUGGAGACGACAAAGUUCAAAGUAAGAAGGAUUUUGGAUCUGUAGCUUCAAAUAUUUCUGGAACAGAGCUGAGUAAAAAGAGUGGCUUAAGUAAGGAAGAACCCAGACAAGACAAAGGAGUACAGAGUGAAAAAGAGCAUUCUUGGGAACCUUUAUCCAAAGACAGCAUCAUGAGAAUAAUGAAUAAGGCUAAAUCAUGGGGGCACUUUGCGAAAAUUGUCCUUACAUAUGUGCUCGAUGAUGAUGAGAUAAAGAGAAGUGCACGUGCCUCUAAAUCUUCUCUGUCCGCCCAAUCUAUUGAUCCAGAUGUACUUGAAUACAUUUUACAAACAACAUAUAAAGUGUUUGAUGUUGAAGGAUCUGACAAGAGCAGCUGCGAGGCAGAAUGCUUGCAUCAUAUUAAUUCUUACUGCAAUUUAUUGUCCUCUGUUGAAGAUUCAGGAGUUCAGAGAUCCAGAAAAAAUGAUACAAGACGAAUUACAUGUAGUGAAGAAAUUAGCGAAGGUGAGAGUCUGCAUGAAGAGAUGAACAGUGCGGAGUAUCUUGAAUCAUUGCCUCAACGAGAGCUCUGGCAGAUGCACGACGAAGCUAAAACGCGAGCCUGUUUCGCUCGCCGACUGUUGAGUAGAUAUGUAAGCAAUGAUGUUUUGAUGAAUUGUAACUGCUCUGGAAAGAGAGCAGCAACUUCGAAAAGACACACCAUCGAAGCCAUUGACCCGUUUAUUCUCCAGUAUGUCCUGGAGACAACGUAUCGUACCUAUCAUGUGGCUGAAGCGGACCAAGAGGCAUGCAGAACUGAAUGCACCGUUUACAUUGAUACAUAUUGCCGGGCGUUGUAUCGUAAAGCUAUACUGAAGAUAGAGAAAGGCGAUGAAAAGAGUGUGGCUUCUAAGAGACAGCGUAAAAAGAAAACUCAAGUAGAUAGAAAGAAGUGGAAAUCUGGUUAUUAUGAUGACGAUGAGGAAAAAGAAGAGGUAGAAGAGGAGGAAGAAGAGGAAGAGGAAGAGGAGGAGGAAGAAGAAGAGGAGGAAGAAGAAGAGGAGGAAGAAGAGGAGGAGGAAGAAGAAGAGGAGGAGGAAGAAGAAGAGGAGGAAGAAGAAGAGGAGGAGGAAGAAGAGGAAGAGGACGAAGAAAAGGAAGAAGAGGAGGAAGAGGAAGAGUGCGAGGAAGAGGGCAAAGAAGAGAAAGAAGGGGAGGGAGAAGAAAUAGGAGAAGAAAAGGAAGAGGGGGAAGAAUGGGAAGAAGAGGGAGAUGAUGAGGAGUUUGAUGAAGAAGAAGAGGAAGAGGAACCAGAUUCUGAAUUUGAUGAUCAGUCUGAUUCUGAUCUAGAUUAAUAUGUCAAGAAACCUACUUUGCAGAUAUGAAUAGAAUGGGAGAUAUUGGAUAAUGGAAUGAAGGGAGUAAGGGUGAUGUAGAGAUUCUAG